UAUAAAAGCAAGUUUUCUAUUGUAUAUUCAUAUUUGACAACAAACUUUAAUUGUAGCAAUGAAAAUCAAGUUGUUUAUCGUCUUGUGCUUCUUUGCAUUGCUUCUUAUCUCAGUUUUGACAAUUAAGUGUUCCGAAGAUGAGAAACAAUUUGGUGAAAUAGAAAAAUCAAAGACAAAGAGUGAGGUUGAUGGCUUUGUAACAUGGGUGCCAGGUGGAUAUGGAAUCUGGGAAACGUCUAAUGGAAACACUUUUGAAGGCAGUCGUGGUAACGUCAUAAAGUUUCCCAAUGUUGGUAAAAAGGUUGGAGGUGGAAAUGUCAUAAAGUUUCCGGGCAGUGAAAAAUGGGGCAAAAAUGGAAAUGUAAAUGAGUCACGCAAGUCAAGGGUUGGGAAAGUUUGCAUAGAAAAUUAGUUGUAUUUACAUGUAUGGUGUACUAUUUCCCUUCCAAUUUUUUAAGGCCACCUACAUUCUUUUUUUUCUUUCUUCCAAUGUGGUAGCAAUAUAUGCAAAACGUGUUCACAUAAAUGAACAUGGGCUAAGUUCGUGUA